CUGCUGCUGCUGCUGCUUUUGACCCUGUUUCUGUCCCUGUUGCUUGCUUUUCCUCUAAAGUAGAGCCAAAGGAGGCAGGGUUUAAUGCGGCCUCAAGAUGUGUGGGAACAAUUAGUCUCCCUGUUGCUUCAAAGAAUAUUAAUCAUGAAGAUUACGGUCAUUGUUCAGAGGAUGUAAAAUAAAAGGAAGAAGAUUAGUUGUCAUGAAUUGCCAGGUCAGUUAUAUGGCCCCUGAAACGAAACGGCAGCCUGCAAAGACAUCCCAACGCAAUUGCUGCGAACCAGAAAUGGAAACGAAGGAAGAUUUGAGAAGAAAACUUCAUCAAGCUAAGAAAGAGAAACUGGAUAUCACCGCUAAACAUAAUGCAGAACUCUCAAACUAUGAAAGCCAGAUUGCCAGGUUGCGAGCAGAAGUUGAGAAAGGUGAAGCAAUUCGACAAAGCUUGGAGUAUGAACUUGCUGUUGCAAGGAAGGAAGUUGGCAUUGAACGGUGCACAUCAGAAGACAAAUUAGGUGAAGCAAACACACACAUUGAGCACCUUCAAGCAACUGUCAGGGCUUACCAACAGAAGCUGAAUGAGACAGAGAGAAGCUAUCACAUUGCUAAGCAGCACUGGGAUGAAAAACAGCAGAGACUCAUGAGUGACAUAUCAGAAAAGGAGCUCAUAAUCAAGACAUGCAAUAGCGAAUAUGAGACAAUUUUGAAGGAGAGGACUAAACUGGACAACAUCUUGAAGGGGACCCUGGAACGUCAGAAGAAGGAGAAGAGCAUGAUAGAGUCAGAGAUCAGGGAAGCGGCAGCAGAGGAGUUUAGGUGUCAGGCAGAUCUGUGGAAAGGAGAAAGAAAUGAACUCCAGUUACUGUUGCAGGAAAGCAACAAUGCAAUGCAGAACGUUCACAAGAAGAUGCAAGACCUGGAAUUGGAGCACAGUAGCUGUUCGGACACAUUGAGGCGGCAGACCAGCGAGCUUCAAUUCGCUGCUGAGAGAGAGGUUCGACUUAAAAAAGAACUCGAGGUAGCUACAGCGAGAAUAAAGAAACUGGAAGAAAAUGUGGAGGCAGAGAGAGCAGCACAUCUGGAAUCAAAAUUUAAUUCUGAAAUAAUUCAGUUAAGAAUUAGAGAUCUCGAAGGAGCUUUGCAAGUGGAGAAGGCAAGUCAAGCAGAAGCACUUUCUGAAGUGGGAAUGAUCAAAACCAAAUUUAAAGAGGUAGAAAAUGCCUAUGAGAGAGAGAAGCAUAAUGCUUACGAGGCAUUUGAAAAGCUGAACAUGCUAGAAAGGGAGUACUUUUCCAUAAACAAGCAGCUCAAUGAAGAGAUUGAGGAGAAGAAGAAAGUAAUUACAGAUCUCUCAGAGAGACUCCAGGAUCAUGAAAAAGAUUACAAGGAAUUACAGGACGAACUUCUUCUGGCCAAGAAACGCCAGGUCUUCCUAACAGAGACGUGUGAAAACAACAUGAAAGAGCUGGAGUUAGUCUUGGACAGCUUUACUGUGUCAGGCCAGCGGACAGCAGGCAUUCGCAAGGACAAAGAUAAACCUCCAAGCUUCACUCUUGUCCUUGAGACUUUGAGGCGUACCUUGACAGAUUACCAGAACAAGCUGGAAGAUGCAUCUAAUGAGCUUAAAAAAAUGGAAAUUUUGUCUGAGAAGGUGGUUAAAGAGUAUGAUUCUUCUCAACAGCAACUGAGAUCACAAGCUCAAGAACUUCAGGAAGCAAAGAACAACUUUUCGGAGAUCAACAGAGAGUUAAAUCAUCUUCAAGCUAAGUGCGCAGAUAGAGAAUCUUUAAUAGCUACCUUAAAAAAGGAACUACAGAAUAUACUGCACUGCUGGGAAAAAGAGAAGGUGCAUUCUACAGAAUUAGAAAAUGAAAUCCAGAAGCUCACGCGGGCUUAUGAGAAGGAUACGGAGGAGAAGCUAACCUUCCUCCAUACUUUAUACCAGCACUUGGUAGCAGGCUGUGUUCUUAUAAAACAACCAGAAGGCAUCCUGGAUAAAUUCUCCUGGCCGGAGCUUUGCACAGUCUUGCAGGAGAAUGUUGAUGCCAUGAUCUUAGACCUCAACAAGGCUAAUGAGAAGAUCUCUCACCUUGAAUAUGUUUGUAAGAACAAGUCGGAUACGAUGAGGGAGCUUCAGCAGACCCAGGAAGACACUUUGAGCAAAGUAGCUGAACAGAUGAAAGCGCAGGAAAGCUGUUGGCUGAAGCAGAAGAAGGAAUUGGAACAGCAAUAUUCUGGACUCCUUGGGGAGGUUCAUGCAAGGGCACAGAAAUAUCAGGAAAUGGCAGAGAAAGCCAAAGAGAAGUUUGCUGCUACUGAAAAAAUACAGGAGCAAUUACUCCUUGAGAAUUCACACUUUAAAAGCGCAUUGGCACAGACUCAAAAGGAACAUAGGUCACUCCUGGCUGCCUGUGCGCUCUUGUCUGGUGCAUUGUAUCCCCUGUAUUGCCGAGCAUGUGCCUUGUCUACACAAAGAGACUUACUACAGGAUCAGGUCAACACUUGUGACCUUAUUAAGCAGGAGAUUAGGACUCUGGCCAAUGCACUGUCUGAGGCUGAGGAAAGAAAGCCAAGUGAUGGCAAGACGAAGCAGAAAAGGCAUCAUAGAGGCUUGAUACAUCUUUUCCGCAAAAGUGUCAUUGCUGUGCUGGCGGCCCGUAGGCUUCAAAUGCUGGGCCAGUCAUACAGCUCUCUCUUUUCUUGGGUUGACAACUACAGAGAAGGCAUUGGAAUCUUAGUCUGCGUGGGAGACUCCAAAGAUGUACCUAACCUGUCAAGGCAUCAGAAGGAGCAGAUCCGAUCCCUCCAAGCAUUCAAUUGGUUUACCAGUCACGACCUUCUUGCUGCAGUCCUUAGUUCUAUGAUGGAGCUACAGGAAGUAGUUGGCAAGACAGAUCUGAAUUCCUGGCUUUCAGGACAUUUACUCACCAGCGCAGCAAGAAAUUCUUUUUCAAAAUUCAUGGACAAGCUUUGUCUUGUGAUGGAAGUUGCUCCAGCAGGUAGCAGCCGAAGUAUUACCUACGCAGAGAAAGACUCCUUGGUUCAGAAGUUGGCUCGUGGGCUUCAUAAAAUAAAUGCACAGGCUCUUAAAGCAGGCUUGAGCGACAGAGGCCCUGUUACGAAAAGCAUAGCAUCCUUGCAGAAGCAAAUAUUUGAAUUUACACAAAGGCUGCAUACAGCAGAAGUGGAGCGGCGGUCACUGCGCUUAGAGCUCACAGAAUUCAAACGGAAUUUGAAUGAGAUGAAGAAAGAGGCUGACAAAGCCCAGAGCCUGCAAGAGCAAUUAAAUGUGUUUAAGCAAUCUAAAUUGAUCACCCACGAGAGGUUUGAAAGUGCAUGUGAGGAGUUAAAUAAUGCAUUACUUCGGGAGCAGCAGGCCCAAAUGCUCUUGAAUGAACAGGCACAACAACUACAGGAGUUGCAGUAUAAACUGGAAUUACAUUCCUGUGAAGAAGCAGACAAAAACCAUACCUUAAGUGAAGCUGUAAAGAGUCUCUCCGAGGCAAAGAUGGAGCUGAGAAGAAAAGAUCAAUCUCUGCGUCAGCUCAAUAGACAUCUUACCCAGCUGGAGCAGGACAAGCGUCGACUGGAAGAGAGCAUCCACGAUGCAGAGAGUGCCCUCCGCAUGGCAGCAAAAGAAAAAGAAUCAAUUGCUAGACACAUGAAAUCUGUGGAAUCUACCCUUCAGAAUGUCAGAGAUCAGAUCUCGCUGUCACGGACUGCGGCAACCAGGAAUGACUUCACCCUGCAGCUACCAAAGCUGCACCUGGAGACCUUUGCAAUGGAAGGGCUGAAGGGCGGUCCAGAGGUUGUAGCAUUCCAGGCUAUGAUUGUAAGUUUUAUGGAUGUCUAUCAACUUGUGGGCUCCAGAGUCUCCACACUAGAAAGAGAAAUCGCAUCCCACCGCCAUCACAUUGCAGCCCUGAAAUCAGAACUCCAAACGGCGUGUCUUCGUGAAAAUGAAAGCUUGUCCUCUGAGUCACGCAAUACUUCAAGCAUCCCUGCAGCUUCAAAAUCGUUACUCCAGAUCAACCAGAAUUACGUCCCAGAUUUUUUGCCGCUGAAGGGAGAGUCGGAUUAUGAUACCGCUUUUGGCUUGGUGCACAAUAGACCCCAGUCUCAAACUUCCUUAUCCUGUUCCUCCGCUCUUCAUAUCACUCCCAGCAGUAGCAAAUGAGCAACGCAAAAUGAAUACUGACUUUCAUUUUUUUUAUGUAAGGAAUUUUCAAAAAACAGAUUAAAAUCCUCUUUUAUUAGGAAGUUUCAGUUCAGUCUCUAUGCAUUUCUGUGGCUUUAAUUUUGCAUUAUUUUCUGCCUGGAGGGGGAAAGGAGGGGGAGUUUUGUUCAUACGUGCCUGUAUUUUGCCCUCCCAGAGUAGUGAAGCAGUCCAUUAAAAGAAAAGUUUUAUUUAUCAUAGUAGCUCAUUUUUAUGUAAUAUAUUUUUAAAUGUUAAAGAAUGACACAUUUUGGGUAAUUUUCCUCUGACUUAAAAAAAAUCAAUAAGCCAUUUUAGUCUCUAUCUAUCAAAGUUGUUUCAUACUUGUCUGUUUUAAAACAGGUCUGCAAUACUUUAAUAGGAUUGAGAGAGCUAUUUGAAAUGUAUGCCAAUGAUUCCUGUCAUUUCAUGGCAGCCCCGCCAUGGUUCACUGAGCCCCCUCUUCUCUCUUGUCAGCUCAACUGAAGACAAGCAUUUAGUUGCAAACUUUAAGCAGGUUGUGCAAAACAGAAAUGAUGUGACUGCUUCUCCUCCUGCACAAUAAUGUCACUCCUGGUCAAUGUGAGAAGGUCAGGUUGCUCCUUGUAAAGCUACAUGAUACCACUUUGCCCAUUUGAACAAGUUAAGUUAAGUGUGGAAUCCGGUCCCUGCAGGCAGCGCAAACUCAUCCGUUUAUCAAGCCUGCCGUUUGAUAAGGAAGGGGAAACAAUUGCGCAAGGAAGAUUUUCAGAUGAUAUGUUUAUGUACUUUUAUAAGGGCAGUUCCCAGACCAGGGUUACAGGUAAUAAAUUUAGUUUCCGCAGCCAGCAAGGCUUUAAAGUAAUGGCUGUUUUGACCUUCAAAAUAGGCUUCUUUGUGUUGUUGUUGUUGUGGGUAGGACCCAAGAGUGACGCCCAUCUUUGAUGCUGACAGAAUUUAAAGCAAGGCCAUUGCCCUGCAUUUUCUGCCUUGUAGCACACAAAAGUAAAAUUGUAUGUCAGGCCGAGAUGUCGGGGAGCUGACAAGAUGCCCCAGUGACAUUUCAGCUGGAAAGAGCAAGUGUCUUGCAACCAAGUGGUCAAAUAUCAAAUAAUAGGUCAAGCAGGAAGGAGCUGAGUUCUAACCACAAAGAGGUUUCUGGUAACUUACUUGACAAGCUUUUGGGCGCUUUGUGGCUUGACAAAGUGAUGUUCUGUUGGGUAUCGCUAGACAGACUGUUCUUUAUCGCCUUCAGAAGAUCAGACAUUGACAUUGAUUAAACUCUUUAACCCUUAAAGGUUAAAUCCUGGCUGUACGGUCAUUGUGAGUAAAGAACAAAAGGAAAAUUUGUAAUAUAUACCAUUUGUUAUGGUAUUAAUCACCCCAACUCCCCAGUGCCAUUAACAUUUGAUGUGUGAUGUAGUUUUUGACAGCGAUAUUGAAUGCAAAAUCUAUAAGUUAGAUUGCUUCUCAUUAUGGAUCAGGGAUACAUUAGAAAAAUAACAUUUUGCUUUAUGGAAUUUAUAAUGUCUUGUGCUUUGAUAAGAGCGGUAUUUGAUUCCUUGGGUCUUGACUACUCAUACUUCUCUUUGUUCUUUUGCCCUAGAAGAUAAAAAAUUUGCAUAUGUAAUAUACCUACCACUAUAAAAUCAUGCAAAUCUUGAGGAAAAUGUACUCCAAAGCCACUCUUUAGGACUUUGAAAAUUUUUCAAGUACUUUUUAUUCCUAGUUUACAAAAGUGGCUGCACAUGUCCAAUUGCAACUGUACUCAUUUAGAAAUGUAAGUAGCAAAAGAAAAAGCCCCAACCCUAAAAGUGAAGUUUCUUUUCACAGCAUGUUUUCUGUAGACUAUUUUGGAUAAAGAUGCCAUGUAAAGGGAAUUUGUUUCUUUUUCCUAGUAUUAAUCCUUGCGGCCACAAAAGAAAAAGAAAAAUGAAUAUUGUACGUUAAUUUCAAACAUGUAUCAGUUCUCUUAUGCACAUGUAACAGCUUGCUUUGUUUUGUGUUGUACCCCUUUUAAAAAUAAUACAUACAAGCAAAAUGUCUAGUUUGAUCAAUAUCAUUGGUAAGAAUUUUAUCAUAUGGCCAGAAUUUUAUUUGUGCAUAUAGUUUGCAUAUACCAAAAACAUGAUGAUACUCCAGAAAAUAAUGUCCAAAUGCUUACCCGAGGGAAGGAUAUUAGAGGCAAACAUAAUGAGAAUUAUGCCACAUAAUGUGAAGACGGGAAAGCUUGGAGAAGAUAAUGAUGCUGGGGGAAAUGGAAGGAAAAACGAAGAGGGGCUGACCAAGGACAAGAUGGAUGGAUGUUAUCCUUGAAGUGACUGGCUUGACCCUAAAGGAACUGGGGGUGGCCACGGCUGACAGGAAGCUCUGGCGUGGGCUGGUCCAUGAGGUUAUGAAUAGUCGGAACGACUGAAGGAAUAAACAACAAUAACAAAUAAGCCAGAUGUCUAGUUUGUUAUCCUUGAAGUGACUGGCUUGACCUUGAAGGAGCUGGGGGUGGCCACGGCCAACAGGGAGCUCUGGCGUGGGCUUGUCUAUGAAGUCAUGAAGAGUCGGAGGCGAUUGAACAAAUAAACAAUAAAUAAGCCAGAUGUCUAGUUUGAUCAAUAUCAUUGGUGAGAAUUUAUCAUAUGGCCAGAAUUUUGUCUGAGCAUAUAGUUUGCAUAUACCAAAACCAUGAUAAAGGUCAAUUGUAAAAUCUACAUGCUAUCAGUAAACCACUUACUUUCUAAUCAA